AUGAAGCUGGACUCAACCUUGGGCUGCACACUGGUGCUGCUGCUGCUGCUGACCACGGUGCUGAGCAGGACAGGAGCAGUUCCUGUCCCCACAGCCCCCAGGACCGCUCUGGGAACAAGGGGCUGCCACAUGGCCCAGUUCAAGUCUCUGUCCCCACAAGAGAUGAAGGCCUUCAAGAGGGCCAAGGAUGCCUUGGAGGAGUGGCUGCUGCUGAAGAACUGCAGCUGUGGCUCCCGCCCCUUCCCCAGGACCCGGGACCUGAGGCAGCUGCAGGUGUGGGAGCGCCCUGUGGCCUUGGAGGCUGAGCUGGCCCUGACCCUGAAGGUCCUGGGGACCGUGGCUGACUCGACCCUGGGGGACGUGCUGGACCAACCCCUGCACACGCUGCGCCACAUCCGCGCUGAGCUGCAGGCCUGUGUCCCAGCCCAGGCCCCAGCAGGCCCCAGGCCCCGGGGGCCCCUCCGCUCUUGGGUGCACCGCCUGCAGGAGGCCCAGAAGAAGGAAUCCCAGGGCUGCCUGGAAGCCUCUGUCACAUUCAACCUCUUCCGCCUCCUCACCCGGGACCUGCAAUGUGUCGCCAAUGGAGACCUGUGUGUCUGA